CGCCCGCAGCCUCUCAGGAUGCGUGUCAUGUUCACAGCGAAGGUACUCCCUCCAGCCCAUCCCAGAAAGGAGGGUUCCAAACCGAUACUUAGGCCAGCCCAGCCCCUUUACACACCCACACCUGCUCAGACCAGUGAAUGAUACCAGUGUGUCUCUCAGUGAGGGCUUCCUUUUGCUGAUUCUUCAUCAGACUGGAAUUCCUGCUGGGAAGUUGGCUGAGACUCAGGAAAUGCAGCUCACCACUGAAACACACAAGAAAUCAGUUUUUCAAAGCUGUAAGGGGAGGUGACGCCAGGACUAUCCCAGGUGGAAUAUGCACUUCGCAGACACAAACUAAUGUCUCUGAUCCACAAGGAAGCACAAGGGCAGAGUGGGACAGACCAGACAGUGGUUCUGCUGUCCAACCCUACAUAUUACAUGAGCAAUGAUAUCCCCUAUACUUUCCACCAAGACAACAAUUUUCUGUACCUGUGUGGAUUCCAAGAGCCCGAUAGCAUUCUGGUCCUUCAAAGCCUCCCUGGCAAGCAGUUACCAGCACACAAGGCUAUGCUGUUUGUGCCUCGGAGAGACCCCAGUCGAGAACUUUGGGAUGGCCCACGAUCUGGCACUGAUGGAGCAAUAGCUCUAACUGGAGUGGACGAAGCGUACACGCUGGAAGAAUUUCAACAUCUGGUACCGAAACUGAAAGCUGAGACAAAUAUGGUUUGGUAUGACUGGAGGAGGCCCUCUCAUGCACAGCUUCACUCUGACUACAUGCAGCAGGUGACUGAGGCCAAAGCCAGGAGCAAGAACGAGGUUCGGGCUGUCCACCAGCUGGUGCAGCGCCUCCGGCUGGUCAAAUCUCCUGCAGAAAUUGAGCGAAUGCAGAUCGCUGGGAAGCUGACAUCACAGGCUUUCAUAGAGACCAUGUUUGCCAGUAAAGCCCCUGUGGAGGAAGGCUUUCUUUAUGCUAAGUUUGAAUUUGAAUGCCGGGCCCGUGGCGCAGACAUGUUAGCCUACCCACCUGUGGUUGCUGGAGGUAAUCGAUCAAACACUUUGCACUAUGUGAAGAAUAAUCAACUCAUCAAGGAUGGGGAAAUGGUGCUGCUGGAUGGAGGUUGUGAGUCUUCUUGCUACGUGAGUGACAUCACCCGUACCUGGCCUGUCAAUGGCAGGUUCACGGCCCCUCAGGCAGAACUCUAUGAAGCUGUUCUAGAGAUCCAGAGAGGUUGUCUGACCCUCUGCUCCCCUGGCACAAGCUUGGAGAACAUCUACACCAUGAUGCUGACACUGAUAGGACAGAAGCUUAAAGAAUUGGGGAUCAUGAGGAACAUUAAGGAAAAUAAUGCCUUCAAGGCUGCUCGAAAAUACUGCCCUCAUCAUGUUGGCCAUUACCUUGGGAUGGAUGUCCACGACACUCCAGACAUGCCCCGUUCCCUCCCUCUUCAGCCUGGGAUGGUGAUCACAGUGGAGCCAGGCAUUUAUAUUCCGGAGGAUGACAGAGAUGCUCCAGAGAAGUUUCGUGGUCUUGGUGUGCGAAUUGAGGAUGAUGUAGUGGUGACUCAGGACUCACCUCUCAUCCUUUCUGCAGAUUGUCCCAAAGAGAUGAACGACAUUGAGCAGAUAUGCAGCAGGGCUUCUUGACCCUCAUGGCAGCCCACGUGCAUCUCAGGUUUCAGAGGGGUGUGUGUUGGUGUCUGUGCACAUGUGCUUUCUGAGUGUCUCUGUGUGUGCAUUUAUACUCACGUUCCACUUAGGAGUGAGACGGCUGUAUGAAUGUAUGUAAUUGUGUAUUUGGUAUUUUUUUGUUUUAAGUAGCUAGACAUCUGAAAAAUUGAAUUUUUGAACUGUAUGUUAUUGCAACUUUAGUAUCAUUAAUUCUGUAGAAUUAAUGACCCACGCAAGUUUAAUUUUUAAACGUAAAGAAAGUUCUUGGUUACAUAUGUCCAUGCAUUCCAGGUAGCAGAUUUAAACGUACAGGAAAUUCUCUCCUUCUCUGCAGGUCUUUCCCUUUCUACACUUUUGCUGAGAUCCACCUGAUAUCAGAAGAUGUUUGUGUGAUGCUUAUAUUUUGAGCUAAUCACCAAGGGCUCUGCCUACACUAAAAGUCACCCGUGAGUGAUUGUUGGUGGCCAAUAUAUACCUUCCGUAACUCCUACCUACCUAUUCCAGAGCCUGCGUAUCUAUUGGAGCCACAUGAUCCCUCAUGGGCACUGGUGCCCUGCAGUCCCACCAUUCAGCCACAGUCCAGAUCCCAGCAACACUAACUAUUGAACAAAAAAUUUUGAGCCUUUCUGGCUAUUUGAUUCCCUGGGCCCUAGAAAGUAUUUAGAUUCUUGAUAAGGAAGGAAAUGGAAGAGAAAGAAAAGUAUAUAUAUGUCUGCUACAGAUCCAGACCUCCAUCUGUCUGUUCUCAGUUUAAAGACGAUCCUUUCCCAGACAUCCAUGCUUGCUUUAUAGAUUCUUAAUGCACUAACCCUCAUAACACACCCUUGAAGGUGCUGCGCUGGCCAAGGGCAGAUCCUCUACUUAACCCGUUAAAGUCAGAGGAAUGGUACACAGUAUUCAGAGAGACACCCCUCUUAUCCUUGUGUGAUUUCCUCUAGGUGCUGAUAAAACAAACUCUGGAAUGCACCAAGUACCUGUACACGUCCUGUGAUCCUUUUCUUUCUCUGACCUUCGCACUGCAAGGGCGGUGGUAAAGAGUCCUAUUUCCCUCAACCCAGCGUUGGAUGCAGUUCUACAGCAACUCAGUUUGCAGAGUGAAUGGGGCUAGAUUGUUGCAGACGGUUUAUUCAGAAGCUUCUGUCAUAGAGGGAAGCUUUAAGAAUUAGUGUGUUCACCUCCUUUAAACCUGGCUAUGAUGAGCCCCAGAUGUAUAAAACAUGCUGAUUGUUAAAGCAUGAAUUUGAGGGUUUUUAAGAAAAUUUUUGUAAUAGGGAAGCACAGGCUAGGGGAUUAAUACUCCCUCUAGUGCUAGAGCUUUGCCCAUCUUCUCAGGAAAACCCAAGGUACAGAGCCCAAAGCAGGCAGGCAGUGACUUCAUCAGGAGACAAAGACAGUGUUGUAAACCAAAGUGAUACAAGUUAUGUCCUGACAGUGCUCACCCACGAAUGCUUGGCUUCGCUGACCUUCUCUAAGCAGCUGUGGGAAUGGAUGGCUGCACAGCUGGAGUCAUCAUCCCCGUGCCUGCCCUCGCCUCCUCCCUCUAAAUUCUCAGUCCUGUGCUACUUUCUAAGAGAAGGGGGCUGAAAAUAAAUCCACAGCUGGCUUCUCACUCCCUGGUCUCUGUGGCCCCAACCACCCUUUCCUUGGAUUGAGUUUCCUUUGUUCAUUUACAAUCCUGAAAUAAGGAAUUUCCUUUUCUUCCUGCAAAUCAUUUUCUGUGGUUUUCAACUUUCUAGCUAAAAGCCUAGGUGGCUUUUAUGUAUCGUAGCAUACUUGAACAUGAAACAGAUUUCUUCUGGUUAGAUUCCAGUCAAGUUCUGCAGAUGCUGUAAGUAGUACUUGGAAUCUAAGGCUGUGGUGGAAUUCUUCUGGUGAUUUUCAGUUCCUGACCCAAGUAUCUGGUCCUUUGAGUCCCUGAUUAACCACAGCAGGUAGGCAUUUGAAUCAGACUAUAGAACCAUCAAGAGAUGACAUGGUGAACAUCUCAGAGCAACAUUUUAGGGGCUGUCUGAAAUUUUCAGGAUUUGUUGAGCAGAUAAUUGUGUACAGUGCAGGAAUCUCAGUCAUUCUUAGCCAUUGCACAGACAUGUCCCACUUUUCCCUCCAUGUCUAAGUAAAAUAAAUACUUCAUAUGUUUACAGGCUCUUCUAAUGAAAACCUUAAUUUAAGGAAAAACCCUUUAAAUGUUACACUGGAAUUUUUCUCCCUGAGUUGGAGAGAGAUGGUUGAAUCAUUAACGAUACUAUCUAAAUGCUUUUUAUGUGUUUAUUUCAUGCUUUUAUGUGUUUAUUUCAGGAAUCACUGUUUUUCCCCAUAAUCAGGAAACUGUGACUGUGAUUUUUAUUUGAAACACAGCAGUAGAAAUACUGGAGUAAAAGCUCUUCUCUUCUCAUACUCAUAACAUCCAAGCUAGGAAGGUACUCCUGAUGGUGGCUUAAAGUUCUCUGUGUGUAUCUUCUUUCAAAAUAUUGUUAUUUUGUUGCAAAUUUUUAUAAGGUCAGACAGGGAAAAUUCCUACCAUAGACAUCAUAUCUUCACUGAGAUUAAGCUCCAUAAAACAAAUUAAAUCCACAGAUAAAGACAUUGUAACUCAUCAAAAUAGAAAAUGUUGAGCUUGGUGAUUUUUCCAAACAUACAUAACCAAUACUCUCUUUAGCUUUUUUAAUAAUAGAAAGAUUCCAAAUCUGAAGCAUGAGGGCUGCCUCCCUCUCCUGUGCCCACGUCAGAGAUCAUGAGUAAAGCAUAGUGACUGUCCCACCAGUCUGGCUAUGACCUCGGAGUCCUUUGUAACACACUGUUUCCGAUAACUGCUACCAAUGAAACAGAGUUGGGAUUUGAGGUAGACCCUAUCUGCCAUCCCUCAAUUGGCAUGUGAUAGAUGAUAAUGUAACUUAUGUCUGCAUGUCAGAGACCAAGUGAGGGCUCAGGACAGUGGCAGCAUGAAGGGCCCUGCUUGGAAGAGGUUUGUAUGGUAGGGUUAAUUUUAAAUUUUAGUUUCCUGAGGUAGGAUCUAUAGUCUAAAACUUAAGCUGAUAGGGUUAAUUUUUAAGCCUGGGCAAAUAUACUUCAAGCUGAAGUGUUUAAUGCUUCUGGUAUAGGGAGAAGGUGAACACAUCAUUAAACCCUAACAUUAGAGCAGAAUUUCACUGUCACAAAGCACGUGGGCCCUCCUGGCUGCUCUUCUUACCCUGCCUGUGUGUCACCGAGGAACCUGGGGUAAGCAUGAGUAUUAUUCGGAUCAGGGGUCCUCACCAAAAUCAAGGCCUCUUGGGGUGUGCUUCGGAAAGAUCUGAGAGAACUGCAGUCUUUGUUAGCAUUUCUUGAAGCUUUGUGUGACUUUUGUGCAAUUACAGAAGUUCACUUUGGACAAAACGCUGUUACUUUUUAAGGCUCCAUGCACAGAAAAUAGAUAUGUCAUUCCCCAACAAGGGAAAACCAUUUGUUACUAUCAUUUUAAAAAUAAACUAUAAAA